AUGGCGGAGUAAUUAUCAAAAUCAAUUGAGGAAUUAAAAUGUAUAUGAUGAGAUUGCGUUUCUAAUAUUGAUGGCAAUAGGGGCGUUGGAUCAUGCAGGAAUGGAUCGUCAAAUGAAGCCGGUUUACGUGAGAGAGAAGAGUGCAACCUCUGGUGGUGGAGGCAGUGAUGGCCAAUUAUCUCCGACGUCUUCCACUCGGGGCGGGGUAUCUCCAAUGACGAUGCUCCGGCAUUCACGUUCUGGGUCGGUUGUGAAGAGGUCACAGACCACCAAAGCGGCGGCACAGAGGCUGGCUCAGAUGAUGACUCAUCAGCAAACCUCUGAUAGCGAAGAUGAUGACGAUUUCUUGUCUGAUUACAAUCCCCCCGCCGCCGCCACAUCCUCCUCCUCCUCCUCCGCCACCGCCGCCGAAAGGUCUCAAAUUCGGCCUCGCUCGCCUAUGACAGUUGGUACAACUACAGAACAACAUUCAGCUCCACGUGCAGCAUCUAUUGGCCGAGCAUCUCAGCCAGUAAUAAAACAUGCUGAACUCCGGCAUCAGUCUAUGCGGUCCUCUUCAAGCAGCUCCUACGCUAUGGAACAUAUACAUCCUCAAUAUGACCGUUCUUCAUCUGACCAAACUCCCAAUAGCCUUCUUCCAUCUCAAUCAAACAACACUGCAGAACGUGUUCAACCUACUUCUGCUCGAUCUACUCGAUCACCACUUGUCCACCCUGUGGAACAUCCAUCUUCUGCUCGUGCUGUCCCAGCUAGUCGCCCAAAUUUGGGAAUAAAGCCAGUGACUAUGGUACCCCCCAGCGUUCCUUUGACACUCAGGCCAACCUUAUUUGGCAGUCAAGUAGACACCCGAUCUGAUACUCAAAAGAAUAAAAGCUCCCUUUUAAGUAGGCUGUCUCUGGAUUUGGGUGCUGCUUUCGCUUUUAGGGAAACUAGUAAUCAGCGGUCUGCUAAUGCUUCCACUUCUGCCUCUGCUUCAGCUCUGCAAGAUGAGAUUGACAUGCUACAGGAAGAAAAUGAGAGUUUGCUUGAAAAGCUUCGAAUUGCGGAGGAAAGGUGCGAAGAAGCCGAAGCGAGGGCUAGGCUGCUAGAGAAACAGGUGGCUAAUCUUGGGGAAGGUGUUUCUUUAGAAGCUAAAUUUUUGAGCAGGCAAGAAUCAAAUCUCAGUAAUCUGAUUAUUAUGUCUCCAGAUGAUUCCCAUUAUACUUUCUCAUUUAUCUUGUGUCAUUCAGGAAGGAGGCAGCUCUGCAACAAAGGGAGCACUUGUGUUGAUAGCAUGGCUUUUAUUCAUAAGCUUUCACUUUUUUUACCUAUGCUUGCUUCUAUGAUCCAAGCUGCUUUGAGAGAGGCAACAGCACAAACGGCAGCACAAACGGCAGCACAAAAUAAUGCUAUUAAGUGGGGAGAGAUAGAGGCUCUUCGGGUGGAUGCUGAGAUGGCUAGGGAAGAAGCGGCCUCUGUCAUGGAACAUCUUCAUGUGUAUGAGUGUGAAAUUAAAUCACUUAAGACCUUGACACAAAGAGUGGUACUCACACACGAAGAGAUGGAAGAAGUCGUUCUUAAGAGAUGCUGGCUUGCUCGGUACUGGAGUUUAUGUGUUCAACAUGAAAUUGCUGGUGCAAGAUACGAGUACUGGUCAUCAUUUGCUCCUCUUCCUGUGGAAGUCGUAAUUGCUGCUGGACAGAAAGCAAAAGAAGAAAAUUUAAUGGUAAACAAUGAUAAAGAGCAGAGAGAGAAAGUUCUAAAGGAUGCAAAUGAAAUCUCUGGAGAAGGAAGUGUGGAAAGUAUGCUUUUAGUCGAAAGAGGUCUCCGAGAAAUGACCCUUCUGAAGGUAGAGGAUGCACUAGCAUUUGCAAUGGCUCUGCAGCGAUGGCCAAACGCACUAAAAUCUAUUUUGACAGUAGAUGAAUCGAAGCUACCAAUCAAGGGCCAGCAUACAGCUGAAGCAUAUGAGCUGAGUAAACAGGAGUCUGAUGAUGUGUUGUUUAAGCAGGCUUGGCUUAUGUAUUUUUGGAGAAGGGUAAAAGUUCAUGAGUUAGAACCCGAUAUUGUAGACGAGCGGUUGCAGUUCUGGAUGAACCAAGGUGAUCGUCCACCCACUUCACAUGAUGCUGUUGAUGUUGAGCGUGGUCUUGUUGAGCUUCGGAAAUUGGGAAUUGAAGCGCAAUUGUGGCAAGCAUCUCGCAAGUUGAUCGACCCCGACUCCGAACAUAAAUGGAAAAUGCACAUUAAUUUUUGAUAUUCGUUAUGCCUUUUUCGUGUUUUGUUUCUGUUAGGCCUGUUAGAAUUUUGGAGACCGUUUUGACAUGUAACUAUUAAUUUGGAUAUCAGAUGCUUUAUAUAUUGAAAAACCGUUAAUAGUGAAUCGAGUUACCAUUUUCUUGUA